AUGCGCAAUAGAUAGCUCAAAGAAACCAACUUUUUAAAAAGAGUCCUUUCAAGGCCUUCAUUUCUUCUUCUCUUUCUAAUGGAAGAAGGCUCAGAUGGCAGCUCUAGUGUCCUCAGUAGUCCAAGCAGUACCUCUGCCACCUCUGCAGUAUCUUUCAAGAAGCAGCCAUUGCAUCUUUAUGGUGAAUACAAGCCUCUUUCUGGUGUAUACAAUAAACACCAUCAACCUUUACCUCUGGCACUGACUGGUAUUAAAGACUCUAACAGUGAAGGUUUUAUUUCUGCUCUCAAGUCACUGCAAAGCAAGAUUCACCAGCUUGAAGUAGACCGAACGCUAGCUGCAGGGAAAUUUAAGAAACUCUCGGACGAAACGAGGCACCAAGUCUUGUCCUCUGGUGCCCGUGAGAACCAAAGAGAGAAGGAGAGGAGCAAUGAAGAUGGAAGAGCAUCACGAGAGACCACAAGCCCUGAGAGACAACCAACUAGAGAUUUUUCUCAUCGUUUGGACUCACUUGAUACAAGAUAUUCGCUUCAAUUGCAAGAGAUAGAACUGAUGAAAGACAGGCUGAAGAGAACAACAGGAGAGCAGGAUGGAAGAGAGAAAGAGAAUCAAGAAACCAUAGACCUCUCUACCCCUCCUCCUCCUCCUCCUCUUCUUUCUGAUGUCUCUCCUCUAAAGGAGACUGAGGAACGUUUACAAAUCUUAGAAGAUAAGCAAGCUAAGCUUCAAGCUGAACAAGUGUUUGCAUCAUCAAAGCUUGAUAAUCUAGAAGGAAGACUACUCCAGAAGCAAUGGCAGAAGAGACAAGCACAGAAGACAGCCCCCUCUCGCUUACAAUAUUUGGAUGAUGAUGACGAUAGGGAUAGAAGAGAUGGAGGUCAGAGGAGAAAGAAGAAGGCUCCAGUCACCACUACUUGUAGUCAUAGGAGAAAGCCUCCAGCAACAGCAGACAGUGUAGCAGUCAGUAAACCAAUACCAGGAGUACACUACCAUUUGAGAAUGAAGGAUGUGCCAUUUGUAGUUGGAACAUCUACGGGCCCUUCACAUUCAGUGACUGCUAACUAUCAGAAAGUUGUAUCACUGAUGAAGAGUCACAAUCCUUUAUUAUGCGGAGCUGUAGCUGCUAAUUCCAUACCCAACCCACCCCCUAAGAGGAAGACCUCACCACGGGGGUCCAAGAAGAAGAAAAAGAGUUGUAGUUUUGGUAGCAAGCCAUCUUGUGAGGAAUUGGAAGGACUUUUAGUUGCUUUAGAGGCUGAGUUUGGAAGAUUAACUUUUGAGCACAGCGAAUUGGCUACAUCACUUCAACAACAGCAGCGACAGAAAAAAGAGACAAGUCCUUCAAAAUCACCUCAAUCUCCUUCAAGACAAGACCCAGUCAUUGGAGAGAUUGAGUCUGAGCUGAGUCGAAUCGUAGAGCAACUGGAAGGGAAAAUGGAGCAGAUACAAAUAGUGAAAAAGCUUUUAGCAUCCGAGAGAAAGCAUCGUCAAGUUGAUACCAGUAAUCCUAAAUCACACAAGAAAGGCAGAAGUUAUACAGAUUCCCAUUAUCAUCAUGAUGAUGAUAAAAGUCGUUCCACCAGUCAUCACUGUACUUGCUCUUGUUACUGUACAGCCACUCGUGGAGAUGCUGCUAGUACUAGAGACUGUAUAGCAGCUAGUUCUCCUAGAGCUUUUUGUAAUGAUAAUCUCAAGAUGCUAAGGAAAAUGAAGCGAUUGCAAACAACAUUGCAAAGAGAUGAUUUGUCUUGGACUUAGAGGCUGUCCCUUCUUUCUCUCAUUUCUUCAUCAUUGUCAUAAAGAUCUAUUAUUAUCACUCCUUAUUAUUAAAUUUUUAACUCUCUUCACACUUUUAAUUAAUUUUUAAUAACGAGCUCCGCAACGCCCACUCACAAAA